AUGUUCCCCCCUUCUCACCGGACGCUCGUCAUCGCUGAAAUCCAACCGAACGCUCCACUCCUUGCAGAAGUCACAGCAAAACACGUCCCCGAAAUCUACAAACACAGCAAUUAUUCGUUCCUCCCAGAGCGCAAUUUCCUUCCACAAAUGCAGUACGCCAAUCGAAUUCGUCUGGGACUGGGGAUCAGGACGAUAUUCGACCUAGCAAGCACAUUGCUCCACCCAAUCAAUGCCAGCUGCGGCCUAGAGGCCCGAGUAGUCGGUGUAGCGAAUCCAGUCCUCGGCCCUGUUUUGGCACAGGCAAUCCGAGACAUGGGGGUUCGGAAAGCCCUCGUGGUCUGCGGGAACGACUCAAUGGAUAUUAUCGCUCCGGAGGGUCCAACCUCAUGCUGGAUGCUUACGGAUCCACCUGCCGAGGGCACAAAUGCAGAAAUACAGCACUUUCGCCUCCAGCCGGAGGACUUUGGGCUGUCGGAGAAUCCGCUGGCCAGCAUUCAGGCGAAAGGUAGUGCUGAGCAAGAGGCUAGUAUUCUCUCUCAGCUGCUGCAUAAUCAGUUGUCUGGCAACGACCCUGUUUUGCAAUGUGUGCUUAUGCAUGUGGCCGCACUUUUUGUUACUUCCGGUGUCUGUGGUACAUUGCAAGACGAUGGCAUUGCAGAGAUGGGACCCGGUGGCGGUAGAUGGAAGGAGGGUGUCCGUCUCGCAAGGUCUUGUAUCGUGAGUGGUGAUGCUCCGAAGGCUUUUGAAACCUUUGCCUACGUGACGAGUGAAUCAUACAUAAGAUAA